AUAUCACUGGCUGAGGUUUGUGACGUCACAUCAUGAAAACGAUUUUGGCGGGAGAUGCCUCGUUUGCGAAUUCUCAUGUGGCCUGAUGUAGAUCAUAUGGGAUGAGCUUAUUUCCAAGCUGGCUUACGAAACUUUCUUUUGAAUGUAACAGGACAACAUAUUUUUUUAAAACAGUGCAGAUGUCUCAGAAUAAAAACAUCCUCUCUUAUUUCACAACAGUCACUCGAAAAAAGCGGGGGAAUGACGAAGAGAAGGAGAUCAGCGAAGAAAGUAAUAAGCGUCCAAGGACGAAUGAAAAUAACGAUAAACAGUCUGGACCCCAAAGAUCAUCGCUGUCGCCAGAACAAAAGAAAACGAUUGAGCAAAAUAGGCACACUGCUCUUUUACGACUGCAGAAUAAUACCAGUGGGAUGCUUUCACAGAUGGGUGAAUCGUGGAGAAUUGCCUUGAAUGAGGAAUUUUCCAAAGAAUAUUUUCAGAAACUCAAAAAAUUUGUUGAUUCUGAGAGAAAAACAAAGACAAUUUAUCCACCAGAAAACGAUGUUUUUUCCUGGACAGAGCUGUGUGACAUUGAAAAUGUUAAAGUUGUAAUUAUUGGACAAGAUCCCUAUCAUGGACCAAAACAAGCACAUGGAUUAUGCUUCAGUGUUAAAAUUGGAGUUCCACCACCACCAAGUUUGGUAAAUAUAUUUAAGGAAUUGAAACAGGAUAUUGAUGGAUUUGAAAUACCAGACCAUGGUUAUUUAGCUGGAUGGGCACAACAAGGUGUGCUUUUGUUAAACGCAGUCUUAACUGUUGUUGCACACAAUGCGAAUUCUCAUCAAGGAAAGGGGUGGGAAAGAUUCACAGAUGCUGUCAUAAAAAAGAUAAACAGCAAUCUCAAUGGCGUGGUUUUUCUCCUAUGGGGAGCAUAUGCACAGAAAAAGGGAGCUUCAAUUGAUAAGAAACGACAUUGUGUUCUCAAAGGGCCACAUCCAUCGCCACUGUCAGCACACAGAGGUUUUUUCGGCUGCAAGCACUUCUCCCAGGCCAAUGAAUAUCUUAGCAAGAAUGGAAAAAAAGAAAUCGAUUGGCGUUACUUGCCGAAAGAUAUAUAAAACAUCGGAACUUCACGGAUACCCUUGAAAAUAAGGGCUUUAAGUCUAAGUUACUUUCUGUUUAGUUUCGCUCGUAUUUUAUUAGUUUAUCGUACUCUAGCGGAUAUGGUAUCUUGUAGGUUCCUAGCAAAAUCUAGCCAUAAAUAUUCACCUCACUAUUGUGUAAGUUUCUUUUAUUUUAUCUUGUUUAGAGAAAAAUAUUAAAUCUCUAUGUAAAGCAAAUUGUUCAUCUACUUCCAUGUUAAUCCAAGUUUAGAAGAAAUCUUUCCCAAGUUUAGAGGAAAUUUAGAAUAAUAUAGUUGUUGGAGAGGAAAAUUUCUUUCGCAAAUAGGCCUGGAAAUGUCGUGAAGUAUACCUAAUGUCCUAGCUAGAUGUAUUUUUUAUGAACAACAUAUGAUUAAGUCCAGAAAUUUCGAUCCUUCAUCCUGGUUGCAGAGCAGAAAAUUUUAAAACAUUUUGUUGUAUUUGCAUUUUUUUAGUAAACUAGGCUUCUUUAGUAUUCCAUAGAAUGAUUUUUUAAAAAGCAUGUACAUACUCAGUCGUACAUUACUAUUGUUAUAAUUUGAUAUCAAUAUUUCGUUUUGUUGUGCUAGAAUGCACUUGUUAUGUUAGAAAUGCAAUAUUGCCGAUACUAUGCAACUGUAUUUUAUGUUUAUUGAAUUAAAACACAGCACAAAAGCGGUAUAUCAUGUCUUUUUGAAAAGUAUGGUCUUGCUGCAGUUUAGAUUUGCUCUCGAAGUAGAAGGAAGGCCUUAUAGAUUUAACAAAAAGUAGACUUUGGGAAAGUUUACCUAAAAAGUUGAAUCCAGCGCUUCAAAAAACUGAAUAAAGCAUCCAAUUGACGUGUUAUGAUUAUUACAACCCAGGUCACCGAUACGCCCACCUUAGGCCGUGAAAGUGACGUCUUUACUAUGUUCCUGAACUGUUUGACUUGUGUUUAGUCGAAGCAUUAUAAAGAACAUACUGCAUCAAUUAGGACAUCAUAGAGUUUGUAAAAAUAAAUUGAUGCUAAAAAGGAAGAAUUUUAUUUCUUUUGAUUUGAAAAAGUCAUAAUGAAAACCUUCUGGAUCUGUUAUAUUUCUAUCGUUUACAAAUUCGCCAGCCAAAGUGAACAUGUAAACUAUAUCAUCAUAAAACACAGACUUUCACACACUUUAUUGUUAACAGCUUGUUUUGAUAAAGCGUUUGUUGGUCACACUCACAGAAACACUUGUGAUUUCUUGUGAUCUUUACACUCAACGUGUAAUGUCUUGAAAAAUAUAAUUGUCUUUAUAUCAACAAGGACCGAGAUACCGGGGCCCGGGGGCCUUGCCCCCCCCCCCCAAAAAAAUAA